CCACAUUCCUCUCAUUUCGUAAUUUUUGUCCCCGUUCUCCUCCCAUUUCUAUUCUUUGAGAAGACGAUUAUAAUCCAUGUCGGAUACGGGACGGCCUUUACCCAAGUUUGGAGAAUGGGAUGUCAAUGACCCUGCUUCUGCAGAGGGAUUCACUGUCAUAUUCAACAAAGCCAGGGAUGAGAAAAAGACCGGCGGCAAUGUCCAAGGGUCAGACCCUCCUGGAAAGGAGCACAAAGAGGAAGCUUAUUCUUCCAGAUCCAAUUCGAAGAAAUGGUUUUGCUGCAUAUUGUCCAGUCCUGCACAAUCUUGAAGAAGGAAAAUCUCAUGAAUCUGCAAGAAUUACUGUCUUGUGCAUCCAUUUUGGACUAUUUCCAUUAAGAUUCUAUACUCAGAUUCCCUUUUGGGCUUUUUGAAAUUUCUUUUAUUUGUGAUGAGGAUUGUGGGAGAGAAGAUGAAUAUUGGUGGCCAUCGAGAUGGUAAUGUUCUUACAUUGGGUUGUGUAUGUAUGCUCGAGGAUGCUGAGAUUAGUAUAUGUUUUUUUCAUUUCUUUAACGCGAGAUUACUA